UACGGAUGUAUACCUGUGCACGGGUGCGUGCCUGAAACCCGUCAGGAAGCAGCCGUGUGUGCGCCAGGCGCGCGUGCUGCGGAAGCGGUGGGUGCAGCCGUGUGACGCAGGGCUGUGCCGUUUGGCGGCUGUUCUCUUCUUGGGCCUUGUGCCGGGGGCGCCCCCAGGCGGGGAGAUCGCCGUUCCUUCGCUGAGAGUUGGUGAGAUAAAAAAUUGUUUUUCAUGAAAUAUUUGUCACGCAUAUGAGAUACAAGCCAGUAAGCCAGCCGAAAGCUAAUGUCCUCAGAAACACCAACAGAAAACACCAUGCCCCCUGAUGCACCCGAGGUGGAAGGAAAGGUGAAGUCAUGUGACAGGCAAGGUGAAAGACAGGAGGAAGGCACAGACGAGGCAGAAUGUCUCGAGCCCAUGUCCAAGAGGCAAAGGAAGAAACUACUGAAGCAGAAACAGUGGGAAGAACAGAAGGAUCUCCGUAGGCAGAAACGAAAAGAAAAACGCCAGAAGAGAAAAUUAGAACGUCAGUCAAAAUCAGACAGCAGUAAUGAAGGCAAUGACAGAAAGCGUAUGCGAAGGGAAGUCGUUCCCAGUACACUUCGCCUCAUUGUGGACUGCAGCUUUGAUGACUUGAUGAUGCUAAAGCUUCUGGCUCAUGGUAAAGCAUUUUGUGGUGGUCUGUCUGAAGGACUAUGUAAAAACAAAUUGUGUUGUAUGCAGGAUGUUAAGAAGCUUCACAAGCAAAUUCAGAGAUGUUAUGCAGAAAAUCGCAAAGCAUUCCAUCCCGUGCAGUUUUACUUGACCAGCCAUGGGGGACAGUUGAAGAGCAACAUGAAUGAAAAUGACAAAGGAUGGGUCAACUGGAAGGAUAUCCAAAUUAGAACAGAGCACUACAGUGAGCUAAUAAAGAAAGAAGACCUAGUGUACCUCACCUCAGAUUCCCCAGACGUUCUCAGUGAGCUUGACGAGAAGAAGGCUUAUGUGAUUGGAGGACUGGUGGAUCAUAAUCACCACAAGGGAAUUACUUACAAAAAAGCUGUAGAGCAAGGCAUUGGUCACGCACAGCUCCCUCUUGGAAACUUUGUGAAGAUGAACAGUCGGAAAGUGUUAGCAGUUAAUCAUGUGUUUGAAAUCAUCCUCGCGUACUUGGAGAAGAGAGACUGGAAGGAGGCCUUUUUCAGUGUCUUGCCGCAGCGGAAAGGGGCUGUUCCAUUGGGAGAAGCCAAUGAUUCAUCCCAGCACGCUCUAUCUGAGAAAGACGGUGAAGACAAUGACUCAGACAGCAGCUAGCCUGCCGAAUAAGAAGAUGGGAAGAUGAGACACGGAGUUCAUGGGAUAUCGUUGGGACACGAAGCAGUUAAACUGUGAAGAUCAUUUGCUGCCCUCGUGAUACUUAAUUGUCUCAAUGCUUGGUAGUUUUGUAGUUGGGUCAAAGUUGUUCUUGGACAGAAAGGGUAAAGACAAAUGCGGUUUUUAUCCUGAAACUUCCAUAUUAGUAGCUUUAAAAAUAAUAAAUAAAUAGCAAAUGCAGAAUUUAUUUUGUUUGCCAAGGAAACUAUAUUAUUUAUGGUUUUUUUUUGUUUUAUAAUUGCUUGGGUAUAUUACCCAAAAUACUGAAUUGCUAUUUUGAUGUGUGCAUUCAUCUCUGUUUCAGUUCUGAGCAGUGAAUUAUAAAUAAUCCUGUGACCUCAACACCUGUACCGGUAGUGCCUGUUGCAAGGUAUUCACGAACAUUUAAAAGCAGAAAUAAUUCUAAUUUUCCUGUGCAUCUCGACAGACAGUCACAAGCAACUGAGCUGCCUUUAUCAGUUGAGCCACUCUUGAUUUAUACACCUGAUUUUAGUUAGUUGUAGUCAGAAGAGGAAAUACGAGUGUGGGGUCAAGCCAGUGCCUAAUGCUUCAGUUUGAGUAAUAUGGGUGUCUCUGUACAUGCAAAGCAUGUGCCCUGAGUUCAGGUGACACAAUCACUUUUGACUGUUUGUUGAUCAUCUUGGUAAGAUUUAACCUGCAGUCUCAGAAUAAUACUGGAAGUCAGGAUCUCUUAGUUACAAGUCCUAUUCUUCAGUUUCAGUAUACCUGAUUUUGUUUGUUUUGCCUUUUUUUCCCAUUAUGUUAACUGUGCUGUCUGUCAAAUGCUUUUUUUUUUUUUUCCUUUUAAAGCCAUAGUUUCAAUCUUGGCUGGAAGCUGUAAUCCAGUUUGUGCUUUUUCCAAGUACAGAAAUAGACACUUUGGAGGUGUGGCUUCACUUCUCACCUGUGAGAAUGUGCCCCGUUCCCUUGCUUUGUAGGGGAUAUCCAGGUAGCUGCUGGGGCAUUUUGGAUUGUGACCAAGUAUGGCUUUCACAUAGGUUGCCGAAGAGCUAAAACCCACAUUACUGUAAAUGCUUGUCUCUGCUGACCUGGAAUCAGAGAGGAGAUACAAAUGUGACUUUGUAUCCAUUUUUAUUCUUUCCUCUGUUAUUGCUUUAAAAUCGAGAGUGGAAGCGGGAUCCCUGCAGUGUCCCUACGGUCCCUAAAGGGUUGGUGGCAAACUGGUCGUGACUUCUUAGACUUGGCCUAAUUCUCCCUAUACUUUUAGAAUAACCAUAGAAAAGUUUCUUCUGUUUGAAGGAUGGUUUCUUUCCUCAAAUAGUUUUUGGUUUGGUUUUGUUAGGCUACAUAAAAACGUGAUUUCUUUUGUUCCAGCAACUAGAUUAGCUUUUUCAUAAAAGCACUGCUGGUAUUAUAUCUAUAAGAAGAGCAGUGUAAGUAUACCCACUAUUUAUUACGCUGAUUUUUGACAUAAAUGUGUAAAACAGUGAAAUUGCAAGGAGUUAUAACUUUACAGCUGAGGCACUGCAUGUUAAUGUACAUAGCACCUAUUAAAUCUGCUCUAAGAUUC